GCACAUGCGCAGUACACCCUCGGCAAAGUGUCAACGUGGUCGGGGUCUCCACGUACCCACGUCGUGACCCAGGCACAAAACUUCUCCAAAAAGAAAAUCCGAGUAAAGAUCUCCUGAUGCGUUUGGCUUUUGAUAGUGUUCUUACACAACAAUAAAAAAAAAGUUGUGAUUUGGGAGGAGCGGCUCCAGCACCCUCCACUCCUCCUCAGACCACCGGUCCGGCUACGUUUAUCGAAUCUAGUCGGCCCUCCCAAACAAACAAGAUGGCACCCUCCGCACUAUCGCUUCUGGUGUUCCUCUUCGGCCUCGCUUCUGUCCAUUGCCAGUACGAGAAAUACAGCUUCCGGAGCUUCCCCCGGAGCGAACUCAUGCCGCUGGAGUCGGCCUACAAGUACGGACUGGACCAGUACACGAAUGAGAAAUGGGCGGACACCGUGGAGUACUUGGAGGUCUCCCUGCGCCUCUAUCGGCUGCUGCGGGACAGCGAAGCCUUCUGCAACCUCAACUGCAGCUUGGUACGCCGAGAAGACGAGAGCAAGUUCGCAGAGUUCCCCGAGCUGCGAGCCUUUGGCAACGUGCUCCAGAGGGCCCAGUGCCUGAAGCGAUGCAAGCAGGGUCUGCCCGCCUUCAGGCAGGCCAUGCCGAGCCGCGAGACCUUGGACGAGUUCGAGAGGAGGGAACCAUACCGGUUCUUGCAGUACGCUUACUUUAAGACUGACAGGCUGGCCAAGGCCGUGUCGGCCUCCCAUACUUUCCUGCUUAAGCACCCCGACGACGAGAUGAUGCAGAAGAACAUGGCCUAUUACAUGAGCCUGCCGGGAGCUGAGGAGCACCUCAAAGACCUGGAGACCAAAUCCUACGAGACGCUGUUUGUUCGAGCCGUGCGGGCGUACAACGGCGAUAACUUCCGCACGUCUGUGUCCGACAUGGAGCUGGCCCUGCGAGACUUCUUUAAGGUCUACGACGAAUGCCUGGCCGCCUCUGAAGGCCCCAGGGACAUUAAGGAAUUCAAAGACUUCUACCUUAACAUAGCCGAUCACUACACGGAGGUGCUGGAACGAAAGGUGCAGUGCGAGAGCGACCUGACCCCUGUGGUCGGCGGCUAUGUGGUGGAGAAGUUUGUGGCCACCAUGUACCACUACUUGCAGUUUGCCUACUACAAGCUGAAGGAUCUGAAGAACGCGGUGCCCUGCGCCACCAGCUACCUGCUCUUCGACCCCACCGACGAGGUGAUGAAGAACAACGUGGUGUACUAUAAGUUCCACAAGGACAAGUGGGAGCUCACCGACGACGACUUCCAACCCAGAGCGGAGGCGGUGCGCUACUACAACCAGACCACCAUGCAGAUGGAAAUGUUGGAAUUCUCUCGAAAGCAUCUGGCCAGUGAUGAUGAGGGUGAGGUGGUGGAAUUUAUAGAUGAGUUUCUGGAUUAGCAACAUCAACCUUGAAAGAAAAACACACAGACACACACACACUCAAGCACACAAGCUAGCAUUUAUUUAUUGAACUUUGUUAUUACAAAAAAAAAAAAAAACACACAUUUUCCAUCCUCGUUCAAUUUUACAUUCCCGGGAGGGGGGAAGGGGUGGAAUAAUUUUUUAACUCAGUGUUAUAUGAAUCAAUGUGUCUGCUGUGAAUUGUUUGACAAUAAAACAUGUUGCCAAAACA